CUAAGGAGGAGGCCGGGGGCCGAAGGGAGCGCGGACCACCCGCGCCGGGCCGGGCCAUGGCGUUCCUGGCCGGGCCGCGCCUGCUGGACUGGGCCAGCUCGCCACCGCACCUGCAGUUCAACAAGUUCGUGCUAACGGGCUACCGGCCGGCCAGCAGCGGCUCCGGCUGUCUGCGCAGCCUCUUCUACCUGCACAACGAGCUGGGCAACAUCUACACGCACGGGCUGGCCUUGCUAGGCUUCCUGGUGCUGCUGCCAGCGACCAUGCCGUGGGGUCAGCUGGGCGAGGGCGGCUGGCUGGGGGGCACGCACUGUGUGGCCUGCCUGGCACCCCCCGCAGGCUCCGUGCUGUACCACCUCUUCAUGUGCCACCAAGGGGGCAGCGCUGUGUACACGCGACUCCUUGCCCUGGAUAUGUGUGGGGUCUGCCUCGUCAACACCCUCGGGGCUCUGCCCAUCAUCCACUGUACCCUGGCCUGUAGGCCCUGGCUUCGCCCAGCCGCUCUGCUGGGCUACACCGUGCUGUCGGGUGUGGCCGGCUGGCGGGCCCUCACGGCUCCCUCCACCAGUGCCCGGCUCCGCGCCUUCGGCUGGCAGGCUGCAGCCCGCCUCCUGGUGUUUGGGGCCCGGGGAAUGGGGCUGGGCUCCGGGGCUCCAGGCUCCCUACCCUGCUACCUGCGCAUGGAUGCGCUGGCACUGCUCGGGGGGCUGGUGAACGUGGCCCGCCUGCCGGAGCGCUGGGGACCCGGCCGCUUCGACUACUGGGGCAACUCCCACCAGAUCAUGCACCUGCUCAGCGUGGGCUCCAUCCUCCAGCUGCACGCCGGCGUCGUGCCCGACCUGCUCUGGGCUGCCCACCACGCCUGUCCCCCAGACUGAGCCACCUCCCGCCUGCCACGCCGGCCUCCUG